UGUGUGGCAUGCUAACAGCAUCGACACAUUUUCUCGCGCCUCCACACUUUAGACAGUUUAGGUGGUUGCUUCUUGCUGACCUUUUUUUUUUUACUUUCUUUAACGCAGCCGCGCUUACGGAACACUUUAUCUAUUUGUACAGAUAUUAAAGCUCUUAUCGUCACACUUUGAUACUAAUCAGGUGCCGCUACGUCUAGCUUUUCGAUUUCCAUUUACCAUCACACUUUCACCCCGAACGCGUAAUCGAAUGAAGCACUGAAUACUGCUAUAUAUUUAGUUUUAUGUUACAUUUAUCUGCUUCAUUUUCUGCGCGUACACACAUAAAGGCUUAUUUAGCUUUCAUUGUCCCGAAGAGUGAAAUACGAUAGUACCGUCGACACAAAUCACGUAGAGGAAUGCAAUGGACUUUAGACUGCAAUCACUGAUCAAACUUCAGCUUCUUUUCAAAAUAUAUCUGCUUUAUCUUCGCCUUAUGUUGUAUAUUUCAGAAUAAUCAAGCUGCGGCCGUGGUUAUACGCGGGGAAACUUUACACGAUAAACCCAUAAAGUGUGUAAAGCUAAAUUAAGUCUUUGUGAAAUGCCCGUGUACUCUCUCCGCGUACAAUAUGGUGCGUGGAAAUAUUUACAUGAAACAUCUGUCAAUUUGAAGCUUGUAUAUUUACUGCGUGCCCGCCUCUCGCUUAAACGCUUUUCAGGAUUUAAAUAGCGCGCGCCGGAAGUCGAAUCGUUCGAUUCUUAUUUAUUUAUCUCGGAGGAGGAACGGAGAGACCCUUGCGUCACAGAAUCUUUUAAUACACCCUAGACACGUAGCCGUUAUAGAGCAAUUGCGUUAUGUGCAGCGCAAUUAAAGGGACGAAACUCGUAGCAGAGUACAUGUUCGAUAGCCUGUCUUGAGCUUCGCUUGAAUCUCGCUGCAUAACGGUUAAAAAGCGUGCGAGGAUCGGGUACUUUUUUAACGGUAGCUAAAUAUCAGACGCAGCAGCAGCGUACGAGUGGCAUUGAAACGCCGCCGUGGCUAUUUGCAGCACGAUUGCUUUCGCUGAUUUUUUUGCCAGCCUAGGUAUAGGUUCCAUGGGCUUGAAAGUGUAGGUAACACGAGAUGAUGCCACGUUACUCGAAACGUGGUGUACAAUGUUGCCAUAGUGUAUCUUGUUUACACGAAAGCCGGUCGGUGAGCGUGGCAACGUUGCAAACCCUGUAGAAUCUUGCUCUCGUUCAUAGCCUUAUUGAGGAACACCUGCAUAGGACAUAUUGCUAAAAUCACGUUUUCCUGCUAGCCUUAGCUUUUCUUCAUUUCAACACGUCCGAAGACGAGCGUCAUCAAAUAAUUAUUCAUUAGAUUGCGCGUUAAAACUGUAAAAAAAAACGUUACACUGUAGUUUGAAUUCUAUUUAGUAGCGCCGUCUUAUCAGGAUACAGGUUUCUGACUAACGUCCUUUUUAAACGAUAUUUUCUUUAGCUACAAAUAAUGUGAAAUUCCUGUUUGAACGCAGUGUAUUCUUCUCGACGUUCUUAAGCUUUCUUAAGCCCGGGGUUGUUCCCUACUAUUCAUUAUAUUCUCAUACAUAUCCGUCCCCUUUGGAGCUUGUUUCUUGCUCUCUCGUCUCGUAUUCUUCCCUGCACUUGUCGCAUUCAAACUCGUACGUCAAUAACCCAGUCACUCCGCAAACCAUGGGGACUCCUUGCAUCCGCGGUUACUACAUUUUUACCUGUACCUUUAUUUCCCCCGUUGUCUUCAAUGUAAUAAAACAAAUUUGUACGAAUGCUUCGCGGAAGUACUUUACAUAACUCGAUCUCGAAUACUUUCUGAUAUCUUUAAGAUGUUUUAUGCUUCACUCUCCAUCAUUUAAUUAUAUAUGUAUGCGUAAAAGAAACUUUGUACGAAACUUAUUGCUUUCAGUAAUUUAUUAUGUAUGUUGCGUUCUUCUUAUUGAAGAGUUUGCAUGCAACAAAAAGGAAUUUAUUGAUCGUAAUUGCUCGGUUCAACCCGUUCACGUCCGUCCUUGACAGGAUGCACGUAUCAGGAUUAUCAGAUACGUUAUGCAAAUUGCUCCAGCUAAUCACGAGAUCGUCUUUUCCGUUUAGUCUCCAGUUGCAAGACAUUCUUUCGCACUUCGACAUUGAUUUGUGUUUCAACCGCACCGCCGCCGUACGCAUCGUCCUUCGAUUAGAAUUUCAGAAGCGAUUGUCUUUGAAAAUUUUAUUUUUGGUAAGUCACUUCGAUCGAGGUUCUUUAUAUGAUAUAGAGAAGCUUUAACUAAUUACAAACGGGAUGCGUAUUUAUCUUAGGGAUAAAAACGUCCAUUUAUGUUUCGUAACGCGGUUAAUGCUCGUUCUCUUAUAUUUCACUGUGUAGGAGGAGUCAAAGCUUGCACAAGACAUUGAAUACUUUUUUUAUCGUACGACAGAAGUAAAGAAUUAUAGUUAUGAAACGUGCGAUCAUUCAUAUUCAUUUACAUCGUCUAAAACAGUUUAUAGUUGUCCUUAUUCGUUUUUUAUCUUGAUAUUAAAUUAAUUGUGUUUCUUAAGCAUAGAAUUACGAGGGAUGGCUUCUAGCGUUUCUUCCUAGCGAGAUAAACCCAGAGUCACAAGUAAACAUACAGACCACUUACAUUCAUUGUUCUAUUUAGGUCAAUUGAAUACGUUGCCAUGUGCUCUUAUACGCUUCUGCGUUCAUCUUCAGUUUUUUUUUUAUAGAGGCAUAUCGGUUCUAUAUCUUACGAGCUGAGCACAAUGUAAGUGAAACGAGGUAUUUUUGUAGGAAAAAUGAAAAGGAUUAGUUGGGGCUAUUGAACCUCGGAGCCUACUGUUAAGUCUCGGAUAGGAGAGAUAUUUGCAUCGGCGUGAAGUUUAGCUGCUAAUGAUUUACGAUGGCUAAGUAGUUUAAAUGAACCAGGUUGAAUUAACGUAACGAGGAUGAACAUUUUCUUGAGAACCGUCUCGCAUUGCCUUUAGCGCAUUUUCUUGUUAGCUCGGCGGUCGAUUUUACUUUUCCUUUUCUGGCCACCGUUCACCGCUUGAUUCCCUUUAACAGACCAUCUUGAUUUGUACAGCGUCGUCACGUCCAAGUUCAGUUUUUUAUAUCCGGUUCUUACAAAAUAGUUAGUUACCUCAUUCUGUUACCCAUGUUUCGUACGCUUUACGGUAUAUAUACUUAUAGUACUCCUUUGAGAAACGUGAAGUCGUCGGGGCCGAGAAGUCACACUUCACCUGUAGGACUUUUUCACAUUCACCGAAGGAACACUGUUCCUGUCUAUUGGGAUUUAGAGGCAGAUCUGUUCCAGUUAUUUCGCGAUAGAUAAUAUUCCGAUUCUAAAUCCGGCGCAAGAUUUUUCUGAUCAGGCGGUUUUAGGCAUUUCCACGUGGAAAGUUGUUUCACGUGUCGCGUUUUUGGAAACCUACGCGUGCAAGUAUAACCGGGGGCAGCCUACGCCGUUCUCCGGAAACUUGUUCACCCACCUUCGACCUCGCCUCUUUGCAUUUGCUACACCAACGACCACGCCGGUGUCGCCAACCCGAUGCCUGUACCCAACGCGAAACGUUUCUGACAGUCUUAUCCGGUUAUCUCCACCGUUUCGCGGACGCGCCAUGUAUCCCGCAAAUCCGUUAAGAAGCUAGCGCUUACUUCGUUAUAUAUCUGUUCAUUGUUAAUGAACGGAAGAGAGAACAAGAGUGACGCGUUUAACGUUCCCGCAACAAGUGAAUUAUAUAACGACGACGAGAUUAUUUGAAGAAGUGGUCCAAGUUAAUAUCGCGGUCCAAAAGAGAAACGCUAAACGUUAGAACUGUAACUCUUUGAAACGUGACUUGAACAGUCGUUUCUUGUAUCCACGAUUUUCGCUCGAUUAUGCGUGGCACCGACGACGUUCAGAUAGACCCGCGAACGUUUAAUAUUGUACGUAGUGAGACGCAAAGAGAGAGUUAAUCGAAGUCGAUAUUUUAAAGUGCCUAUGAACCGAGUGAAUGCACGUCUAUGUAAAAGCGAGACGAACCUGAUUGACGGACGAUAAUAACUAUCAAAUACUACUAAUAAUAAUAAUAAUAAAGCUGUGAAGAAGAAAGUUUAUGCUGACUAUACGUGUAUCUGCAUAAAACAAACUCAGUUCUACCAUAAAUGGCGAUCACUGCUGUUACGAGCUGCCUGGGUCCCCCGCCCUUACCACCUGGCAAGCGCUUUCUGCAGAAGUCGUCGAAAAAAUUGUCCUCCACUUAUAGGAGCUUUCACGACCCGGCGGUCGAGGCUUGGAUACCGUGCGGCGUUCUCGAAAUGUCGAGGAUGAAACUUCGUCCGCGGGAACGUGGCCCGGUGAUUUGCACGAUAAGCAACGGCAAUUUGUUCAGAAGCCGGUCCGAGGGCAAUCUGAGCGGGCGUAAAACGAACGCGGCAUUAUCCUCCACACCCCUUGAUAAGUGCAUCCAGGCGAUUUAUGGUAGCUGGAAGAAUCUCAUGCAUCUUGGCGGCAUGAACCGGCCGUCCAAAGCUGUGACCCAGGCGAAGAAAGUGGCACCACCGGCUGUACCCGAUGUAUUUCGACAUUCUGGCUCCUCGUUCGGUUCCGCUGGAUACGCGAGCAGCGAAGAUGGCUGUUUUCUACCCGGAAGUGGAUCAGGCGGAACAACGGACGAGGGUUCUUACGGAGUACCAUCUGGAAAGAGUCCGGGGCCUAUUUUUACCCACCCCGGCUUCGCCUUCCCGUCAGCCGUCAGCAAAUAUGCUCAUGCUGAGGAUCAAGGAAUCGAUAUGACACAAAGUCCCGGAAGAGAUAGCCCAGGAAGUUCAGGAUCAGGAUCCGGUUCCAGGCAUUCUACAGCUUCGUUAGACUCAGGAAGAGCCUCUGGAUAUCAUUUGGGUCCUAGAGGGCCUGGUGCGCUUGCCUCGUCCCCCAGGUGUUCUAUAAGCUCGCUCGGUAGUCACCCAGACAGACCGGCAGAUCUUGACGUUGUUCAUGCUUGGCUGACCGAGCUCCAAUUCGAGGAAUACUUCCCAUUGUUUGCUUCCGCUGGCUAUGAUCUCGCUACUAUAACGCGUAUGACUCCAGAAGAUCUGACAGCGAUAGGUAUAAAGAAGCCUAAUCAUAGGAAGCGCUUGAAAGCAGAGAUAGAUAAUUUAAAUAUAGGCGACGGUUUGCCAGAGCAUAUUCCUGGCUCGUUAGAAGAGUGGCUCAGACUUCUACGGUUAGAAGAAUAUCUUGGUGCUCUUCAUCAACAGGGUAUGCGUUCGGUCGAAGAUGUGACCACCCUCACAUGGGAAGAUCUUGAAGACAUUGGUAUCGUGCGUCUCGGUCAUCAGAAAAAAUUACUGUUAGCGAUUAAAAGAGUUAAGGAUAUUCGUGCUGGUAAACGCAUACAGCCUCUUGAUCUCGCACGGCUGCCGCCGCAUCCUGGACAAACCCAGGACGUAGUUAUUCAGCGAGGAGGCCCGGACUUGCCGUCGCCCGAUGAGGAUUGUUCCUCGCCUGUCUUGAGGUCUUUCCAGCGGGGAGGAAGCGACACGACUUCAGGGACUGUGUGGAGAAGUAUGUACGCCGCGCUGCCAGCCGAUUACAACAUCGUUGGUCGGACUGGUUCACGAGGUAAAUCUUUGGAAAGCUUGGAAGAUGCGCCUCUUGGGUACCCUCCGUCGCCGGCACCUUCUGCGCACCCACAGCCGACCGAAUGGCGUCCGCGCAGUUUCGAAGACGGUGAUCUGACUCCUACAAAUGAUACUUCCACGGUGGACGCGGGUGGCGGAACUCUACCGCGACCGAGACAUUGCCUUGUUCGUCCACGACCUGUAGCCAAGGUUACCGCGACUCCAGGGCAAUUCAAGUCAUUGCCAAGAGAUUUUGAUAACAAAUAUCAACUAACUUAUGGACUCGAGAGUAGUCCACAUCUUCCGAAACGUUGUCCUCCGUCUCCUCCAAGACGCCAGAGUUCCAGAGACAACAGUGGACCUGUCGGGGGACCGGGUGUUGGCGAUGUCGUAAUAGAUUGCAGCGGCCCGGUACCGACGGCUUCUUGCGAAGAGCACCAUAUACAUCAUCAGCAUCAUCAUUUAAUUCACCAUCCUUCUCCGCCACCGCCCGCACCAGCACCAGUACCAUCCACUCCGCCUCAAAUGAAUCGACCGCCUUCUUCGAUGUCUCGUUCUUGGGGUAGCGUCAGCGUCAACGUUAACGAGGAACACGAAUUGAUAGCCACUCUUGCUCUGCAACAUCGCAAUGGCUCCGAUGCCAGCUUCAAGUCAAGCUCCAGUACAGAAUCAGACUCAUUACCAUUCGCAAAUGAGAAUGCUGGUACGAUUAAACAGAGAGCAGCCCGUGCACAAGAAUACACAAGCAGUAAUACUGGCAGUAACAUGCAGACUCAUGGAAUAAGUCAUCAUACUAGUGGCAGCGAGCCAGCGGAUGUAUUGAACGACAUUGGAAACAUGCUUGCGAACCUCACCGACGAACUCGAUGCCAUGCUCGAGGAAGAAAAACGACAAGGUUUAAAUUCGUAAUCAUUGUUUCUUUUAUCGAGACACUCCUUCCUUUUCCGAAUCGUUGAUUUUACGAAUUACGAAAGCCGCGAAUUUAGGAAUAAAAAUCGACAACAGACUAUGACGUAAGAUACAAUAAUUGAUCUGCUCAUACAGUUCGCAAGAUUAAACAGAAUGAACGUCGUAAAGAAAAGACGAGUAUCAGCGCGAGACCUUCCAGUGAAAGAUAUUCGGCGUUGAACGAAUGUUAAACUACUUUUUAUCGUGUUGACGUACGACACAAGUUAUAUUACACACAUAACAAUAUCCUGUUACGAUUGUAUAAAUUAAUUUAGUGGACUGUAUUCCUCCACGCCAUAAUAUCGAAUUUUAUUGGUUCUAUAUUUCAUUUAUUUUCUUUUCUUUUCCUCUUCGCAUACGAUAAAGUUUCUUAUUUUUCUAUCAGAAUAUUAUGAGCUUAUCAUGAAGUUUCCAGAGAUUUGAACGUUGCACAAUUUUUGCAUUUUGGAGUACUUAUCGCAGUGCGUCUUUUUUAUUUCAGUUACGUUUGUUAUAUCGAACGUAUAACAUUAAGACUACGGAGUUCGUAAUGAUUUAUAUUAUACACUUUUUGAUAACUGGAUUUUUUACACGAAUUAUAACUAUUCGAGGGAAAACUACAUUAAGAUAAAAGCGCAGAUCUACUGAAUAAGUAUAAUGAACAUUUAUGCCUUAUGACAAUAAGACUGCAAAUAACGUCGGUGUAGUCUAGGUAUCACGAUGUACUUCACGUCACCCAUUUUACCAUCCGCAUACCAUGAAGACUGAUUCUUUUUCUCUGGAAACUUCAUCGUUCAUCUACGUAUAUACAUUCCAUCUAGCGUAUCUCCCCCCUUUUCCACUUCCGUCCUUUGCUAAAAUGAUAGCAUAUUAGAUUGGGACCUUCAUAACUGUUGGAACUGUUAGACAUUUUGAGAUUAGUACGAUACAAAGAAGUAUACUUCUGUAUCCCUUCUCCAGAGUAAAAGUAAAUCUUCCAGUAACGUCAAAGGAAAAGAAAUUAAUAUUACUAAGUCAAGUUGUUUUGACGAUGAUGAAGCAUAAUUAUAUCUUUGACUAUAUUAUGGUACAAUUUCUAUAAGAAUUCGCGGAUAGUUUAUACGAGAAAAAUUUACAUCUUCCAUCAACUAAACUUGUACGGUAUGUUCUCGUGAGACUGAGAACAUAAAACAUUCGACUGCCAAUUAAAAUUUCAAGAUUAUACAGUUUAAAUACAGAAUCAUAUGCACUGUAUGCCAAUUAACAUUUUAUAUUUAUUAUCCGUACUAAUAUAGUGACGUAUACAACUCACUAUUGUUAUAUGGUGCACAAGAAUACGUGGAACGCCGAGUGUCCAUGUGUAUUAAAUCAAAGUAAUCGUCGUAGUAGAAUCAUGUCGAUAAAAAGUGUUCAGGUUCUCCUCAAGUUUACACAUUAUACAGAUCUGAUUUUGAGAAACUUACGUAUGUGUGAGUUUCGACAUUCGUUAGGUUUCGUUUACAAACGUACGCCUCGUAAAUGUAUAUACAUUUAUACAUGACGAUUCCAGAUUGCCUGUGGGUGCUGCGUUAAUGCGUUAUUUAUUUUUCAGAUUUUAAAUACUUUUAAGUCUGUGAUCUUUAAGCCUGACAUCCUGUAAAUCGUGUUGCAAUUUCGUAUUUUGUUUCAUACAUAAACGAAUGCAUAAAAAUUCUUAACAUGUCUCAAUUCGCGCAAGCCUGAAACCUGGAAUUCUCGUAUAUGAAUGUAUAUAAAAUUUUGCACACGAAAGUUAUUAAAUCCUCCUCGUUUCUCAUCGUACGAGGAGUACAAGUUGCUGUUUCUUUAUAGUCUCGCGACUAAGAACAUUGUUUUACGCAAUUAAGAUUAGUUACAGCUAAUUCAGUCGAAUUGCCGUUAUUUUAAUAAUAUUUUAUUUUAGUCUUGAUGUAUGGUUCGUUGUACGUAUGCAAAAACCAGUUACGCUAUCAUUAUGAGGAAAGAAAAAUGUGGUGUAUGUAUAUACACACAAGAUUUUGAAAUACAUAAAACUUAGGCUAAUCAACUAAAUAUCGAGGCUACAUUAUUGUAGCCCACAGACUUGUUAACUACUGUAGGUAUAUAUAGUAGAUAUACAUAUAUCAGUUUAAGCAGUGUACUUAGGGAAACUGUUUUUGCGGUGCUGCGAAUUUAUCAGUUUAUUAUUAUUUAUUUUAAUCCUUGUCUAUACUGUGUGCUUACAGAUGUACCAAUUUUUAAGUUAUAUUUGCGUAACGAAAGGUAGCACAAGAUUUUAAUAUUUUUAUUUAUACACGUAUUUUAUAAAUUUGGCAACUUGACUUACUGUUCUGUUGAAUGUUUGAAACAUUUUAUAAAUUAUUCAAAGAGACUCUUUUAAGCUCUCGUUUUAUCCUAUACGAAAAUUUUUAGAUCUUCCAAAGAUCGAUAAGAAGGUAUUUAGGUUUUUAUAUUUAUAUAUGACGAAUAGUUGUUUUAGUUGUAGACGCAGAACGUUCAGUCAAUUAUGUGUUUCUGACAAUUAUGUAAAUGAUAUAUUACUGACGAAAAUAUUGAUAUACCUUAUACGAUUUCAAAUCAUGCAUGCCAUUCUGCUUGAGCAAUUCGCAAAUAAUCGAGUAAAACGAUCAGUAAAAAAAUGAGAGAUGUGAAAUAACAAACAUUUAAUUGCUACCUAUAUAACGUAAAUAGUAAAUGUCAGUAGAAAACGAAAGAUCUUAUGCUAAACAGUGACGUGAUAGAUCAGCCAUAGCCAAUAUGCAAAUUUGCGAAUACAAUAAAGGGUAACGCACACUGCCGUUUUUUAUGAGCCGUUUUAAAUGAAUCAAGAAGUUCUGCGUAUUUUACAAAAUAAUCUGCGGAUAAGAGACGUUUAAGCAUUAAAUGCGAAUUACCGGUUUUAUUUAAUAUUUAAUCGGAGCUCGGAGUUUCCGAUUAAAAAAAAGUAUUAUGAACAAUUCCAGUGGCAUUUCGAUGGUACUAUUUUAAGUAGAAUAUUUAAAGACGAGGAUCUGAUGAUACAAGGUCCAGUGAAAAAAAAGGGAGAAUGUCAUAAUGUAAAAAGGACAGUAAAAUAUGUUUUGAUGUUAUUACGGAUGGUUAGACGGAUAAAAUUAUUAUUUUUAAAUAAAAGAAACAGCUAUGCAAACGAACUAAGUUUAUUUAAAAUGCUUUUAAUCUUCAGCUCGGUGUAAAGGAAAUAAUAUCUAUAAAUUAAGCACGUAAAAUAAACCUAAGACGUUUACUGCAAGUAACACGUUCGACUAAUUAAUAAAACUGUGUACCGAAAUAAAUGCUUUGAAACAGUUGAUGGCAUUCUUAAACUAGGCCAACUAUACCAUUUAAGUACUAUUCUUAAGCCACUGUUCUCUUUUCUCAUUUAUCAAUGUAGUAACAUUAAAUGGUUUUAAAUCCUUGGCAAGUUUUAAGCAGCUAAUGCAGAAUUCCUGAAGACAUUGCUUCUACGUGGUAUAUACAUAUUAUACAUAUAUAAAUAUUAUAUGAAUGCAAAUAUUAAAUAUAAAUAUAGAUAUAUGAACGUAUUUAUAUUUAUGUAUUUGCAUUAAAUUAGUCAUAGUUUUUGUACAAACGUAUGCGUCGCUGCGGUUUCGUUCAGCGAAUCAAAUACCCGCCUAAUUGCAUUUUAGGAGUCCUCGAGACCCUCUCCUACUAUCUGUAUUUGUUUAAAUGCACGUUAAAUACAUUACUUGGUUUAUCGAAUAUGAUGAAAGAGAUAAUUAAAUAAAACUCAAUUGACAAACUCUCA